AAACGUCCCUGCUGCGAGCAAAGAUCCAUGUGUAUCUUAUAUUACCACUUUAUUUCUACAGACAAUUGUACUAGUUCAAAUUUCAACAAUUUACGAGUAGAGUUUGGUUUGGGACACUGAUUGUAGUGUAUUUCUACUGACAAUGUCGACAGUUGGCUUUUCUUUUAUUGUCAUUAAAACAUAUUGAAUAUAUACACAUUUUUAUGUAAUUUUUUUGUAGAUCGCAUCGAAACAACGCGUUUUUAUCGGCAAUUAAUUUGUUUUGUGUGUUUUAUUGUUAAAAAGAGAAAUAUCAAGCACAAAUUUUUACCUCCUAAGUACACAACUCCCGCACAUAAACAUGUCGAACGAAAAUGCCAACCCUUCCAAAGGAAAAAUGAAAUAUUUUGCUCCACAAGCUAAUGCAAAAUGUUCUUCCUGCCAAGAAAAUGCCAGAAAACUAGACACGAUUAUUGAUAUUUUGGCGGAGCAUAAAGUUUUACUGGAUCGUGUUAUUUCUCAGAACGCAUUUGUGGACAAUAUUAUGACAAUUUUUCCAAUUGAAUCGGAAGAAAAACUUCGAGAAUUUGAUCGAAUUCUCGCAACACAAGCAGAUCUAUAUACUCGACAAAUGAAAAAUCUCAUUGCAGGUAACGCUGAACGUAAUUUGCAUAAAGUAUUUGGAAGAAAUAUUAUUAUGGAUUUUAAUGUUGACGGAACUUUCGGGAAAAAAGGUCUACGAGAUUUUGGUAAUGUACUUGCCGCCAUAAUAGAAGUUAUAUCAACAUUUAAUAAAUUACCUGACAAGACUUUACGAGCAGCGUUCCAACGCCAAAAGAAAAAGUAUUUUAAGAUCAACAAACGAAGCAGGCGCACCGAAGAAAAGGAACAAGAUGAAAAUGAUGAAGAACCACAAAUUUAACUGAAUGUUUUUAUGUUAUACUAUAUAAUUUUAAAAUCCUAGUUCUAACACUAUUCAGUUUUAUUAAAAAUAAGACAAGGUUUGGCCAGCCUUGAAAAAAGUGAGCUAUAUAUGUAA